CCUAAGCUCAGUCCUCCUCUGGAAUCUAAAGCCUCCUAAGCAUUCAGAAUCAGCCUGAGAGGGACAAGUAGACCGCUGUAUGGGCUCUACUGAAGAGAUCAAGUCUUUCUGGAACCUCAACUGCCUCCCAAGGAUGCUCCAUGCCCAGUCCUAUGUCAACACCUCCUCCUUCCAGCCACCUGCUUUCCUGAUGAUUGGCAUCCCAGGGCUGGAGGCCCUCCAUGCCUGGAUCUCCAUCCCCUUCUCCUCCAUGUACACUGUGGCCCUCACUGGCAACUGCCUGAUCCUCUUGGCCGUGAGGAGGACUCCCAGCCUGCACCAGCCCAUGUACUACUUCCUGUCCAUGCUGGCCCUCACAGACGUGGGCCUCACCUUGUCCACACUGCCCACCACGCUGGCCGUGCUCUGGUUCGACCGUCGGCUCAUCGGCUUCAAUGCCUGCCUGGUGCAGAUGUUCUUCCUCCACUCCUUCUCUGUGGUGGAGUCCUCGGUGCUGCUGGCCAUGUCGUUUGACCGCUUCGUGGCCAUCUCCAACCCCCUGCGCUAUGCAGCUGUCCUCACAAACAAUGUCAUCAUCAGGAUUGGGGUGGCCAUUGUGGCUCGAGCUACUGUGUCCCUCUUCCCAGUGCCCUUCUUACUGAAGCGGCUAAACUUUUGCCCUGGCAAGAUCCUCUUGUCCCACUCAUUCUGUUUCCAUGCAGAUGUCAUGAAACGUGCCUGCGCUGACAUUACUGUCAACAUUGUCUAUGGGCUCUAUGUGGUCCUAUCUACAGUGGGUGUAGACUCCUUGCUAAUUGUCCUCUCCUAUACCCUUAUUCUUCACACUGUGAUGGGUCUGGCUUCUCCCAGGGAACGCGUCCGGGCCCUCAACACUUGUGUUUCUCAUAUCUUAGCUGUUCUGGUUUUCUACAUCCCAGUCAUAGGUGUGUCCAUGAUCCACCGUUUUGGGAGGCAACUGCCCCACACUAUACAUGCUCUUGUUGCCUAUGUGUACCUGGUGGUGCCCCCUGUGCUCAACCCCAUCAUCUACAGUGUCAAAUCCAAGCCCAUCAGGGAGGCCAUGCUCAGGGUGCUGAGGGGAAAAGGCCAAGGUUGACAAAAACAAGAAAACAACCACAGAAUCUCAGGGAAACAUGACCAAACUGUCACAUAUCACAUGCCUUUACUCAGAGCCCCGAAACAGACACAUUAUCAAGAGUAUGAUAAGCGUAUGGAUACUCUCGGACUGGUGGGUGAAGAACAUCUUAAUUCUUUUCUGCACUUGUUAACUUAAGCUUUGUUACUCAGUAUUUACUUGUGCAAAUAUCUGUGCUCAUCACUAGAGAUAUUAAAUUGAAUCAUAUAAAUCAUAUAUGGUUUCUUCCCUCCAUUGCACAACAGAAGCUUUUAAGUACACAACUAUGAUAAAGUGUAACCCUAUUGCUAUAGGAACCUAAAUGAGGUUUUACUACUUGUCAAGAGGAAAGAAGACAGAAGGCAGGUAAGAAGGAGGCUGGAAAGUGAAAGGAGGUUUGUCAGGAAGAAAAGUCAGAAAGAGGACAUACCUAAUAAAAGGAAAAACAUAAGAAACAAAAGCACUGACGUGUGGAAUGGCUUGGUGUGCAUGGCAGAAAGGUGAGCAGUGAGACGAGCUUGGCAUAAUCUAUGUGUGUGCUAGAGAGAGCAGGACAGGAGAUGAGCUAGAAAUAAUGGGCAGUGGUGAGAUUUCCUGAGGCCUUUGCAGACCCGAUUGAAACAUGUUCACUUCAUGCUUUGUUUACACAUCAGUCAUGGAAAAGCUGCUCUAUUUGGUAAAAGGCUGCACAGGCUUAACUGUGAAGUAUAGACUGGGAAGAUGAAAGAGGAGAAAAAGAAUGCAAGGUGAGCAUUUAAGAUGUGGUUAUAACCGUCUAGGAAAGAGACAGGGGAAACUAAAAUUAAAUCAAUAAUAGAAAAAGGUAGAUGUAUUUUUGUUUUAACUUAUGUCUAUACUUUUCUUUGUCAUCUUAAAAUGCCUAGAAGCAAUGACACCAAUAGCAGUGAGCAAAACUAGCACCCAGCUAUUGGUUCCUAAUUAUCUUUACCCACUACAAAUAAUAACCUGGGAUCCCUGCAGCAGUGGCUAAUUCCAUGGAGGAAACAGAAAACCUAAGCUGCAAUAGCUUGUGCCCAAAGCAUUAAAGAACACAAAGACAAUAGGGUCAGGUAAAAAAAAAAAAAAUACACAGAUGCUCAUUUAAAGAGUCUAUCAGUGGCUAAAGUGACCAUUAGAACAUUAAAAAGAAUUUUGACAGCAUUUGAUUAUAACACAUUGAAGCUUUAGGUAUAGACUAAAUACACAGUGAUAGACAAAAUAAAGAGGGAGAAAAGAAAAAAGAAAGCAUUUUUUGUAGAAGAAUGUCAUUUAACAAAUGCAAAAGUAUUGACUGAUUUUGAAAAUACCUUUUGCAGUUUUUAAUGCUAUUUAAAGCUAAUCAACAAAUGUUUAAAGGAUGUCGGGAAAUGGAAUAGUCACACCAUCUCCAAGUACUGCUGCACAGCUUACUAACUCCACAGAAAAGGGUGACUGUGCCUUAGCAAUAAAGAGAUUGACAAUUACUACAUCAAGCAAGUAAUCAAAUUUAGCCUAACCAAUAAUGGGAUAAUCUGACCUUAUGUACAUUCUGAUAUGAACAAUAAGGACACAAAACCACAUAUGUAAAGGGCCUACCAAAAGUGUUCAAUCUGAAUGAAACUAUGAGUAAAUAAUCAGAAAAAUCUCAAAUAUGGGAAGCACACCCAGACACAAACACAUCUGGAAUCCUUAAAAAUAAAAUGCAGUGUGCUACAAAAACUACAUCAAGGGAAUUAACCUAAAUUAAAGAAGUUUAAAGGGAUGUAACCAAUACUAGCAUUAACUAGUCAUUAUUAGGACAAUUGUAAAAUUUGAAUAUGUAUUGUAUAUUGAUGAUGUUAUUAGGUUAGUAUAAUUUGCUAAGGUUUGAAAAUGGUUUGUGGUUAUGUAGGAGAAUCUAUUUUUAGGAGGUAUAUGCUUAAUAUUUAUUGAGAAGGGUUGCAAUGUCUACAGUUUACUUUCAAUUAACUCCACAGAAAAAGUGUGUGUGGGGAGAGAGAAGCUGUAGGAGAGAAAUAAAGAGAUCCUCAUGCCCAGAUUUCUAGAUUUCAAGAAAUACAGGACAGUCUCUCAGAUAAUUACUGUAUGCUGGGAGAAGUCCUAAGAUUGAGCCUGGGUAAACUGAUCCAUUGGUGUUAAGAAUGCAGAAUUCAAAUGCAGAGGAAGAAAAAUAAUUCUAUUUCUUCACUAGAAUGUGAUAUCCAUUAAGACUUUCAUUGAAACUUUGCUCAAAUCUCACCCUAAGCCAAGUCAGGGGUUUCAGCAAUGAUCCCUGAGCAUCCUGUGCUUCCUCCAGUUUCACUAAACACACUGUAUUGUAAUUAUAAGUAAUUGUAUAUGAGAGGAUAAAUUCUUGAGGUAGGGAUGGGGGACUGUUUUAAUUAUCUCUCUGACCUCAAUGCUUAACUUGGGUCUGGCACAUAAAACCUUACCAGUCAAUAAAUAAUGUUUUAGUAAAUGAAUGAAUGAAUGAAUGAAGACAGUGGAAGAAUAUAGCAUGGGACCUGUGGGUAUAGUCAGAUGUGAAGAUCUCUGAGCAUAGUCUAGCAUUAUUUCCCCAGUUUACCUCCAAAUGUAGGCAACAAAGGGAUGAACCACAUAGCACAGCCCUGGGGAGUGGGUCUCCAACCUUUCUUUUUACUGCUAUAGGACUCCCCUACUACAUGUUCCAUUUAACUGCAAGACUUUUGUUCUUUGAGGAGGAGAUAAAAUGUUCAGUCCACAAGGUCCUGGUCCUCGAUCUUCUCUCUUCUGCUCCCUUUGCAGCUUGUGUACAUUCACCUCUCUCAGAGUACUUACCACUCGCUAUUGAAAUCAUCCCUUGCACUCAUCUGUUCUAGUCCCUGGAAGGCAGCACUGAAACCCGAUUCAUAUCAAAUGCCUUCAUUAACCAGAAAAAGAGUUGGUCCACAAGUGGCUUCAAGAGCAUUACUUGAAUAAACUACUUAUGAAUCGUACUUCCUGAUGAAAUACUCUGAAAUGUAUUCCUUCAUUAAUUCAACAACUAGUUACUAAGUUCACACCACAUUCCAAGCAAUGGAAGCUGCAGAUACAGCUCUUCACUGCUAUGGAGAUCAUGUGCAUCCCAUCCCAUGCUCCAAAAGGGCACCUCCCUUGCUUAACACAGCCUUCCUCUGCAUUUCCUCUACUGUCUGAGACUAAAGUAUUAGAGACUCUAGACUUGACUUACACAUCACUCUCUUUGGUCUCGUCUCCUUAACUCAGUGUCCCUGGGAUGGGGACACCUUCAUUUCAAAGUCAUCCUAAAAGGACCACUCAGGCAGACACUUUCUUCACUGCCAGAAAAUUGGGGAGUGGGUAAGUUGAACCAAGAUUUGGGGGCCAAUGUUUGCAAACAUAAAUGUUCUCUCAAGAUGCUUCUUCUCUUCAAGACCCUGAUAUCAAUUAUUUUGGAUAUAUAUCCAGAUGUGGGGUUGCUGGAUGAUAUGGUAGUUCUAUUUUUAAUUUUUUUUAAGAACUCCAUACUGUUUUAAAUAGUAGCUGCACUAGUUUGUUAUCACCAAGAGCAUAGGAGGGUUCCAAUUUCUCCAUGUCCUUAUGAAUACUUUCUAUCUUCUGGGUAUUUUUUGUUUGUUUGGUUGGUUGGUUUGGGAUGAUAGCUGUCCUAAUAGUUCUGAGGUAAUAGCUCAUUGUGGUUUUGAUAUGCUUUUUCUAUAAUUAGUGAUAUCAGGCAUAUUUUCAUAUACCUGUGGACAUUUGUAUAUUCUCUUUGGAGAAAUGUCUAAUCAGCUCCUUAACCCAUUUUUUAAUCAGGGCAUUUGUUUUAUCCUAUCAUGUUGUGGGAGUUCCUUAUAUAUUUUUAUAUUAAUCCCUUAUUAAUAUGUGGUUUGCAAAUAUUUCCCCCCAUUCCAUAGUUUGCCUUUCCAGUCAGUUGUUUGCUUUGUUGUGCAUUAAUUUUAGUUUGAUGUAGCUUCACAUGUCCAGUUGGCUUUUGUUGCUGAGAUUUUGGUGUCAUAACCAAUAAACCAUUGCCAACUCCAAAGUUAUGAUAAUUUUCCCCUAUGUUUUCUUCUAGGAUUCUUAUAGUUCCAAGUCUUACCUUUAAAUCUUUAAUCUAUUUUUUUGGUUGAUUUUUUUCCCUUUUUUAUUGAAGUAUAGUUGAUUUACAAUAUUAUAUUGGUUUCAAAUAUCCAACACAGUAAUUUAACAGUUAUACACAUUAUGAAAUCCUCACUCAACUAGUGCAGUUACUAUC